AGAAAAAAAAAAAAACCUCUCCGAUCAUGCCAGGUGCUCGCCCGGCGCAGAUUAAUUGUAGCCGGGACAGUAAUGUCGUUCAGUUGCGAUGAAACAUUAAUUUCUACGUUCCUUUCGUGGAAACUCUCCGUUUCUGCAAACGCACCGGCAAGCUGCCGCCUGCGAGGCCGGACGACGCUUUCAAGAGUGGUCGACUACAGCGCCGCCGCUACUUUUCCGCACGAAAAGGCCCUCUCCACGGCCGCCGGUCGCGCCACUCAAAAUAUUCUCCAAGUUGGUUCUUUAUUCUAUGUGGGCAACCAUGCAAAAUGUUAGUUUUCCCGCGCUCAUUGUAGCGGGCUUUUAAACAUGCUACGGAAAGAGUAGUGAGUACAACGCAUUUUCGUACUCCAAAACAAGUGCAAGAGUUGUGUGUGCAUGUCGCCAAAACAUUCUUCAAGUAGUUUGCUGACUCUCUGUCCCCUCAACGCCGUAUAGCCGUAGAGCUGCUCAGUUCUGACAGACAUGGCAUCACAACGCUUUCUGCACUCAACUGCUAGCCCUGCUAGCGUUACAAGCAGCAGCUCAAGCUCGGCGCGGUCGCGUCCACGCAGCGGCCAGUGGCGAACUCUUGCAAAGUGGGCUAUGUCAAGAUCAUCGUCAGAGGCGUCUCUCAGUUCGAUUAUGUUGAAAGAAAGUGAUCAUAAAGAUGACUUGCGUAACGAGUCGCUGGCGCGUCAGCAGCAUUCACUAACAAGGAGCCCCCGGAGUCCAUUGAGAGGCGACGCAAAAUCCAGCUUACAGCAUGAAAACGUGAAAAGGAAGCAAACAAUGAGCGGUGCUGGCUUACCGCCAGAAAUGUCGCCAAGAAAAAUAUCCCGGCCUAAGCCUGAAAAAGUGGCAAGCUCCAAGGCACCUCCAUAUUCUACUUCAGUAGCCAGUCCAGUAGUUGCAGCACCUCGCAAGUCAUUCUGGAGUACUUAUCGUGAAGAGGCUGCUUCUGAUUCCUUGGCACAAAAUGGUGUUCAACGCGGCAGGAAAAGUGCACCCGAAGAAAAGUCUGCUGACGGGUUCAGCAGAGCAAGGCAGGGACAGGCUAAUGAAAGCUCGCCGCUUUCUACCAGAAGUAAACAGGGUGCUGCAUAUGGUUCAUCUCGUGAAAAGGCCACUUCGGAGCAUAAAAGAACACUGGCCUCAACUUCAAGUCCCAGGAGGACUUUGAAAGAAAAGUCAGCUGUCAAAUUCACCACAGUUAGGCAGGGACGUGAAUCUUCCACUUUGCAGACACCAAGUAAACGCAAGCAGGUUGCACCCAAAAAAGUUGCGAGAAAGCCAGUAGGAUACAAAGUGCUGCAAGAGAUUGCGCAUUAUCAGUCAUCUGCAGUGACUCUCAUCCCCUGCCUUCCAUUUGCUCGUGUGGUGCGCGAGAUUCUUUUUCGUAUAACUGGUGAUGAUUUUAAGAUGCAGAAACUGGCCCUGAAAGCGCUCCAUGAAGCCAGUGAAGUAGUCAUUGUGGCACUUUUGGAAGGUACUAAUGUUCUGGCUCAUCAUGCUCAUCGUGUCACAAUUAUGAGCAGGGAUUUAGCUGCUUUGCUUACCUUGAUAAAAAGCUAUGGCAACCUGCAAGGCUGCCUCUCCUAAAUGGAUUAGGCCUUUUUAUGGUGCUUUUAAUGUGAAAUAGUCAUGCACAACAAUGAACGAUUUUCCAGGUCUGUGUGGCAACAACGAAAAUAGUGAGAAACUUUAAUGGCUUUCAUUCUGCUUCAUUCAAAAUCAAGUUUGACUUAUCCAGUUACUUUUGAGUGAAAUUUGUUUAUUAUCGUGCUUGUAUUUCAUUGUAUACUAUUUGAGAUGUCAAAUAGUACAAAUACAGUGGUUUAAAAGCUUGUGUACAAUAUGAAUCUGAAUUUAGCAUGAGAGGGGGGCCAUUUAGAGGCUGCAAAAUAGGAAGAAGAAAAAAAAGAUAGGUACCAUAUGACCUUGGUUUUUGUCAUAAGAUUAAAAAUUGCUCAUACCCCUGAAAAACUUUGGCACAUCAAUAUAAUACAAAAAAGCAAAUUUCAUGUGCCAAAAUCUAGAACGCCUCAUGAUAUGCAGGAUUUUGUGGUACAAUUCAGACUGAUACGAUUAAGUCAAAAUUUCCAUGUGGCUUGUGGCCAGGUAUUCUGGAUUUAUAUUUUAAGCCUGCCUGGAGAAAGCUACAUGUGUGAUGACUCUUCAAUGGCACCUACAGAUGCCUACUGCAAGUCCAACAUGGCUAGUACUGUUUCACAAUUUGUAGAUUUCCUGCUCCAACUGAAAGGUUACCAUCUACAGCAGGGGGCAUUAUUGCUGGUGAGAGGGCACACUUAGCAUGCAUCUGGAGCUCUUGAAGUGUAAAUUUACUUCAUAGCCACAACCAUAUCUCCCGGCCCCUUCAUAUUUCACUUGAUACACAUCAUGUACAUAAAGUACAUCCUAUUUUUGCUAAAGCAGAAAUAUUUCAAAAUUUGUUCCUUUUGUAGUCAGUUUCUGAGUGGAAUGCUUUAUCAUCAAACGUUGUUGCAUUAACAGAUUACUCUUCAUCUAGGUCAGCUUAUCGUCUUUCUUAAAAUGAUGUUUUCUGAACUUGCUUUUGUUGUUGUGCCACUUUUUCAUGUAGGUUUUGGUGUCAUUGCUGAUCUCUUAUAUUUCUGUUUACUGUGCUACACUGUUCCACAAAGGACAAAAUUAAAAACUCGCACACAUGAGAGCAAUAUUUUACAGGUACCACAUGUGCGUAAUAUUGUGCACUGACACAAGUGCGCUAACUGCAUACCCAUGUGUGUCAGUUUCUUUUAUUUUGUACUUUGUGUAACGUCAGUAUAGCACAGUAUACAGAAUGAUGUCAUACCAAGUAGCACAAGUUGAAGCCUUACUGAUCUCUUACUUUUUUUAGUUUAUAUAUGGACACAUCUACUUUUUAUUCCUUACUUGCUUUUACCAUAAUUUUUUUACUGAUUGUAUGUCCCCCCCAAUGUAAUGCCCACAUAUGGGUCCUUAUAGUGUAAAUAAAUGAAAUGAAAUUGAA